UUCAUUUCUCCACUGUACAUCCUUUUUUUCCUCCGGCCACACAGGUCCGCAACCCUAAUCUCCGCCGUAGCAGAGAGAUUCCGCCACCGGUAGCGCCACCGCCGCCGUAUCCGUCGCGAUGACGAUCCGUCAUCUAUUAAGCCUCACUCGCCGCAGUCGAAGGCCAAUCCACGCCUUCGCCUCCCUCCGACCUCUCUCCACCGCCGUCGCCGUCGCACCGGAGGUCUCCCUCCCAUCUCCGCCGCAGCCAGAUGUCAUGAUCUACGAUCGAUUGGCCGAAUCCGUCAAAAGGAAGCUCACGAAGCUCGAAGACCCCGACCAUCGCUUCCUCCGGUACAACUCCCCUCACCCAACAGUAGAUUCGCACACCGAAAUCCUCUCCGCCCCACUCACCCGAGUCACGACUCUGCCGAACGGACUCAGAAUCGCCACCGAGUCGAAUCUCGCAUCUCCCACAUCCACCGUCGGUGUCUUCAUCGACGCCGGUUCGAGGUUCGAGAGCGAUGAAACCAAUGGCACCGCGCAUUUUUUGGAGCAUAUGAUAUUUAAGGGGACGGAGAAGAGGAGCGCGAGGGAACUGGAGGAGGAGAUUGAGAAUAUGGGCGGCCAUUUGAAUGCUUAUACUUCUAGGGAGCAGACCACCUACUAUGCCAAGGUUGUGAAUCAGGAUGCGCCCCGUGCAUUGGAUAUCUUAUCCGAUAUUCUGCAGAAUUCCAAGUUUGAAGAGAAUAGAAUCACUCGGGAGAGGGAUGUUAUUCUUCGGGAGAUGGAGGAGGUUGAAGGACAAACAGAAGAAGUUAUAUUCGAUCACCUACACGCCACUGCUUUCCAGUAUACACCUCUGGGUAGAACUAUUCUUGGGCCUGCUGAAAAUAUCAAGAAAAUCGGCAGAGAAGAUAUAAAGAACUACAUAUCAACGCACUACACUGCUCCAAGAACGGUAAUUGUCGCCUCUGGUGGUGUUAAGCAUGAAGAUAUUGUUGACCAGGCGACGAAGUUAUUUACAAAGUUGUCAUCAGAUCCAACAACAGCUACUGAGUUAGUUGCUAAAGAACCUGCAAUCUUUACAGGCUCAGAGGUUAGGAUGCUCGAUGACGACAUUCCUCUGGCCCAAUUUGCUGUUGCUUUCGAGGGUGCUUCCUGGACAGAUCCAGAUUCCAUUGCUUUAAUGGUUAUGCAGUCCAUGUUGGGUUCUUGGAAUAAAAAUGCUGGCGGUGGAAAGCAUAUGGGCUCUGAGCUUGCACAGAGGGUUGGGAUUAAUGAAAUAGCAGAGAGCAUGAUGGCUUUCAAUACCAACUAUAAGGACACUGGCUUGUUUGGUGUUUAUGCUGUUGCUAAGCCUGAUUGCUUAGACGAUUUGGCGUAUGCAAUUAUGUAUGAGAUAACCAAACUCAGUUAUCGAGUAUCAGAGGCCGAUGUGAUUCGUGCUCGUAACCAGUUGAAGUCUUCUCUGCUUCUUCACAUCGAUGGAACCAGUCCCGUUGCUGAAGAUAUUGGGCGUCAGCUGCUUACUUAUGGUAGAAGGAUUCCAUACGCUGAACUUAUUGCCAGGAUCGAUGCUGUAGAUACCAGCACUGUCAAACGUGUUGCAAAUCGUUUCAUAUUCGACAGAGAUGUUGCGAUUAGUGCUGUGGGCCCCAUCCAGGGAUUGCCGGACUACAACUGGUUCAGACGCAGGACCUACUGGCUCCGUUACUAGGUUCCUCACUGCAUACUAUUUUUAUUCGGUUAUUUUUUCUUCGACUAAAUUGUUUUGCUUUCAUAAAAAUACAUCGCCCCAUGGGAGCAAAUCGGGCGGCGGACUAUGUUUUAAUUUAAUUUUGCCUGCUUGCUUUUUUUUUUUUUUUUUUUUUUUUUUGCUGUUUCGUGUAAAAUUUUCUGGCUAGUUUAAAUAAUCGAAAAAUGUAAUCAGUCAUAUUGUAUAUAUGGCGAUUAUGUACUGAGACGCAAUAAACAUAACUAUUAUUCUUUUUGCAGCCUA